UCACUCAGGCUCUGGGGAGUCUCCUUCACCUCCUCUCAAGUUGUCUCAACGUGUUCGUCCUCAAACCUCCGCCACUGCCACCUCCUUCCCUGUGACUGGGGACAGCCGAACCGCGCUCGAUCCGACCAAAACUCACAUCCAGGCACCAUGUCCACCUCGGACGAUGUGGAUGGGCUUGCUCGUCCUCAUUAUGGCUCGGUUCUUGAUGAUGAAAGACUCACCGCUGAGGAGAUGGAUGAGAGGAGGAGACAAAAUGUGGCCUAUGAGUACUUGUGUCAUUUAGAGGAAGCCAAAAGAUGGAUAGAGGCAUGUCUGGGAGAGGACCUACCACCAACCACUGAGCUCGAGGAAGGUCUGAGGAAUGGUGUCUAUCUUGCCAAACUAGGAAACUUCUUCAGCCCUAAAGUUGUAUCCCUGAAGAAGAUUUAUGACCGGGAGCAGACCAGAUACAAUGCAACUGGCCUCCAUUUUAGACACACUGACAAUGUGAUUCAGUGGCUCAACGCCAUGACUGAGAUAGGCCUUCCAAAGAUCUUUUAUCCAGAAACAACAGACAUCUAUGAUAGGAAGAACAUGCCUCGCUGUAUAUACUGCAUUCAUGCCUUGAGCUUGUACCUAUUUAAACUUGGUCUUGCUCCACAAAUCCAAGAUUUGUAUGGGAAAGUUGAAUUUACAGCGGAAGAGAUUGACAUAAUGAAGAGCGAGCUGGAGAAAUAUGGAAUUCAGAUGCCUGCCUUUAGCAAAAUCGGAGGAAUUUUGGCUAGCGAGCUGUCUGUCGAUGAAGCAGCAUUACAUGCUGCCGUAAUUGUCAUCAAUGAAGCCAUUGAUCGAGGAGUUUCUACAGAAACAUACACUGCCCUUAAGAAUCCUAAUGCCAUGUUGGUAAACCUUAAUGAUUCUCUGGCUGACCCCUAUCAGGGUGCACUUUAUCAAGCAAAGCAAAAUAAAAUGGAAAAUGCCAAAAAGCGGAUUAACGCAGAGAAUGCAGACGCAGAAAGGGACGUGUAUGAAGAGCUACUUACCCAGGCGGAGAUCCAAGGGAACAUAAACAAAGUAAACUUAAAAGCGGCUCUAGAAAGGGUUGACCAGGCUCUGGAAAAGGGGAAUCCUCCAUUGCUAUUUGAGGCUCUGAAUGUACCUGCACUGUCUCUUCGGGCGUUACAGCGAGAUAAUUCCGACUGGUACCUGAAGCACCUGCAGAAUGACAAGCUUCAGAAACAAGAGAAUGGCCUGCCUGGACCCCUGCAGAAGGAGGAGUUACAGAGCGGCGUUGAUGCAGCAAACGUUUCAGCACAGCAAUUCCAGAGAAAACUGGCUGCAGUGGUUAGGAUAAACAAUGCCAUCCGGAAUGGAGUCGCCGAUGUUACUAUACAAGAGCUGAUGAAUCCUGAGGCCCAGCUGCCAGAGGUUUACCCCUUUGCAGCUGCAUUAUAUCAAAGGGAGCUAGCUACUUUACAGCAGCAAAGUCCUGAGGGUAACCUCUCGCAUCCAGAGCUGUCAGUUGCCGUAGAAAUGCUGUCCUCUGUUGCAUUAAUUAAUCAAGCAUUGGAUACAGGAGAUUUUAACACGAUCUCUAAACAGCUGACCAACCCCGUAACUGGACUCAUGGAUGUUGAAGAUGAGAACAUUCAAAGGUACAUUGAUGACCUAAUCAAACUGAAACAACAAGCACGGGAAGAAGGGAACGAGUUUAUUACCUGGAAUGACAUCCAGGCAAGUGUGAACCAUGUGAAUACCGUGGUACAUGAGGAACAUGAAAGGAUUUUGGCCAUCGGACUCAUCAAUGAAGCGUUGGAUGACGGUGAUGCCAAGAAGACUUUGCAAGCCUUGCAACUACCAGCAGCCAAAUUAGAAGAUGUGAAUCCAAAUGUUGCUCAACAUUACCAGGACACUCUAGUCAGGGCAAAAAGAGAAAAGGCUCAGGAAACAAAAGAUGACUCUGCUGUUCUUUGGUUGGAUGAGAUCCAAGAUGGCAUUUUUCGAUCUAACAAAGAAACAGAGGAUGCUCAAAAAUUCUCUCUUGGAAUCCUGGCUGUUAAUGAGGCAGUGGAGAAAGGUGACAGCGCACAGACUCUUAAUGCCCUGCGAUCUCCAGAUGUUGGACUUUAUGGCGUAACCUCAGAAUGUGCGCAGACCUAUCAGGAUGAGCUGGCAGGACUAAUGAAAAACAAAACUGCAGAAGGAAACAAUGACAGCGAGUGGGUACAGCACUGGGUGAAAGGUGGUUACCAUUAUUACUUUAAUCUGAAAACGAAUGAAGGCGGUUGGGAAGAGCCAGUGGGAUUCGUACCGAAUAAUGCUCAUCUCUCCAAAGAGGAGAUUCAGAGUACCAUUUCUGGGGUAUCUGCAGCUUACAACCGGGAACAGCUGUGGCUGGCCAAUGAAGUGCUUAUUACCAAGCUACAAGCCAGGUGUCGCGGAUACCUUAUGCGUAAAAAAUUUACAGAUAGGAAAAACUUCUUGCACUCCCAAGUUCCAGCUGUCACCUGCAUCCAGUCCCACUAUAGAGGGCAGAAGCAGCGGAAGGAAUACAAGGACCGCUUGCAGUAUUUAAAUGACCAUUCCGAUGAAGUUGUAAAGGUUCAGUCCUAUACUCGAAUGUAUCAAGCCAGGAAACGGUACAGAGACAGAUUAAAGUAUUUCAAGGAUCAUAUAAACGAUAUUGUGAAAAUCCAAGCUUUUAUUCGUGCUAACAAAGCACGAGAUGACUACAAGACCUUGAUAAAUGCCAAUGACCCCCCAAUGGCAGUUGUCCGCAAAUUUGUCCAUCUCCUGGACCAAAGUGACCAAGACUUUCAAGAAGAACUGGACGUAAUGAAGCUGCGAGAAGAAGUGGUAACCCUUCUACGAUCCAACCAGCAGCUGGAGAAUGACUUAAACCUCAUGGAUAUCAAGAUUGGACUUCUAGUGAAAAACAAAAUUACACUUCAGGAUGUUGUCUCUCACAGUAAGAAGUUAACAAAGAAGAACAAGGAACAACUCUCCGAUAUGAUGAUGUUAAACAAGCAGAAGGGAGGACUGAAGGCACUGAGCAAGGAGAAGAGGGAGAAGCUGGAAGCAUAUCAGCAUCUAUUCUAUCUUUUGCAGACAAAUCCAACCUACCUAGCCAAGCUCAUUUUCCAGAUGCCUCAAAAUAAAUCCACUAAAUUUAUGGAUUCUGUCAUUUUCACCCUUUACAAUUAUGCAUCAAAUCAAAGAGAGGAAUAUCUGCUGCUUCGUCUCUUCAAGACAGCUCUUCAGGAAGAGAUCAAGUCUAAAGUGGAUCAGAUCCAAGAGAUUGUCACUGGAAACCCCACUGUCAUUAAAAUGGUGGUUAGUUUUAAUCGUGGAGCACGUGGCCAAAAUGCCUUGAGACAAAUUCUCUCCUCUGUAGUGAAAGAAAUCAUGGAUGACAAGUCCCUAAACAUCAAAACUGAUGCUGUGGAUAUCUACAAAUCCUGGGUGAAUCAGAUGGAGUCUCAGACUGGGGAAGCCAGUAAAUUGCCUUAUGAUGUCACACCAGAGCAAGCCAUGACACAUGAGGAGGUGAGAACCAGGCUGGAUGCGUCAAUCAAAAAUAUGCGAACGGUCACAGAUAAAUUCCUUGGCGCGAUCAUCAGCUCAGUGGAUAAGAUUCCGUAUGCUAUGCGAUACAUCUCCAAGGUUCUAAAAGACACUCUUCAUGAAAAGUUUCCUGAUGCUGGAGAAGAUGAGUUGUUAAAGAUAGUGGGAAAUCUCCUUUAUUAUCGCUACAUGAACCCAGCCAUCGUGGCGCCUGAUGCCUUUGAUAUCAUUGACCUCUCCGCUGGAGGGCAGCUGACCACAGAUCAACGUCGGAACCUUGGGUCCAUUGCCAAAAUGCUCCAACAUGCUGCGUCCAACAAGAUGUUCCUUGGAGACAAUGCCCAUCUUAGCAUCAUUAAUGAAUACCUCUCACAGUCCUACCAGAAAUUCAGACGCUUUUUCCAGGCCGCCUGUGAAGUUUCUGAGCCAGAGGACAAAUUUAAUGUGGACGAAUAUUCUGAUCUUGUUACUCUCACCAAGCCGGUGAUUUAUAUUUCUAUUGGAGAAAUUGUUAAUACCCACACUCUGCUGCUAGACCACCAGGAUGCCAUUGCUCCAGAACACAAUGACCCAAUUCACGAGCUGUUAGAUGACCUUGGCGAAGUUCCCACCAUUGAGUCUCUCAUAGGGGAAGGGCCUGCUGCCACAACAGAUUCCAAUAAAGAGAGUCUGGCUAAGACUGAAGUUUCCUUGACGCUAACAAACAAGUUUGAUGUCCUUGGAGAUGAGAAUGCGGAGAAGGAUGCAAAGACUAUCCUCCUUAAUACAAAACGUCUCGUUGUGGACGUCAUCCGGUUCCAGCCUGGUGAAAGUCUGACUGAAAUCCUGGAAACUCAAGCCACCAGUGAACAGGAAGCUGACCACCAGAGAGCUAUGCAGAGACGGGCCAUUAGAGAUGCUAAGACCCCAGACAAAAUGAAAAAGGCCAAGUCUUUAAAGGAAGACAACAACCUCAGCCUGGAAGAGAAGAAGGAAAAGAUAAAGACGGGGUUAAAGAAACUGACAGACCUGGGAACUGUGAACCCAGAAAAUCACUAUCAGGGUCUUAUCAAUGACAUUGCCAAGGAUAUUCGUAAUCAGAGGCGAUAUCGACAAAGAAGAAAGGCAGAGCUGGUGAAGCUUCAACAGACCCAUUCAGCUCUGAACUCCAAGGCUGUAUUCUAUGAAGAACAAGUAGACUAUUAUAAGAGCUACAUAAAGACUUGCUUAGACAAUCUGGCAAGCAAGGGCAAAGUGUCCAAGAAACCAGGACAAGCGAAAGGGAAGAAAAGCAAGAAGAUAUCCCUGAAAUAUACUGCUGCCCGACUACAUGAGAAAGGGGUUCUGCUGGAGAUUGAAGAUUUACAAGCCAAUCAGUUCAAGAACGUCAUCUUUGAAAUUGCUCCUACUGAUGAAGUUGGGGAUUUCGAAGUGAAAGCCAAGUUCAUGGGAGUUCAGAUGGAAACGUAUAUGUUACAUUAUCAGGACCUACUCCAGCUGCAGUAUGAGGGUGUUGCGGUCAUGAAGAUGUUUGACCGUGCAAAGGUCAAUGUAAACCUCCUGAUCUUCCUUCUAAACAAGAAAUUCUACGGAAAGUAAGCAAGGCUCUGGAAUGUGUGGAACAGAGGACAUAGAUUUCAAGCAAACUGCACAUUUUGCUUUGCCCUCAAGAAAUAAGGGAUAUGAUCAUUCCACACUGCUUUUAAAUCCCUUGGAACAUUUGUUCCCAAACCCUGCAAGCAUCGACCUUGAUAUUGUCUUCUGGCAAAGAAUAUACAGAGGGCACAGUGCCUAUAUAUAGUGUUACAUAAUAAAUCUUAUAUAAGUAAAGGAAUAGAUUGAGAGAAUGUUAAAUUAGCAAAGGGUCCUGCACAUCUGCACUAAUAUGGGCUACAUCAUGUCCAUUGCCGUCUUUUUAGAUAUAUAAAGCAAGUGAUCUCCACAUUUUCUCUAUCUGGUUUUAAAUGUACAUCUCAAUUUGUUUCUCUAUAGCGUGGACGGCUGAAGAUGUGUGUAGCUCAUGAUUUGAUAUAAGCACAUCUGUCCUGCUAGAUGGAAGUGCUUAGCACGCAUUAAAUCAUGAAUUAUUGUUAUCAACCCUUUCACACUCUGCUUACUUUCAUCAUUCUCUGUGAUAUUUUUAGACCACCUCUGUUCCCCUUAUUCUAGAAGGAUUAAGGGUUUCAGACACUUUGCACUCCGGAUGAUAUUUUUAGCAUUCCAAUGACACUUUAAGUGUUGCUUAUCCAUUCUGGCAGAUCCCUUUAUUAAGAGAGAUUAAAAUAACUGUUUUGUUUUUUUCUAGAUUUGAUCAAUAAUGAUUCACUUAGAGUAACAUAACAAUAAAGGAAAUAUUGUUGGUUUCCUACAACCUAAUCUAUUUUAUUGUUGACCAAGGCUCCAUUUUUUAUUUCUUUGAUGUUAAAAUGGUUUGUUGGUGCGUCAAAGAAAGCUUCUUUCUAGUCUGUUUAAUAUCUGUUUAAUACUCCAGAAAUACUGUCAUUCGUUUUCAGCAGUUAUGAGGUGUGGGGUCUUAUGAUUAGGCCAAAUUUGACAUUAGACAUUAGAUAAGUUGCUUGUUUGUCUGCUUAAAAUCAUAGCAUAAGCAGAGAGACCAGUAAAAUUGGUUAACUGUGCAGGAAUUGUUCUCUGAAACAAUCAGUUCUAAUUGUCAUUACUAGUAAUUAUUAAACACUAGUUCCUACAAGCAUAUAUUGGAACAUGUCGACCCCUUUA